GUGGGCACCGAGUCACCAGGCAGUGGGCUCCGGGCACCAGGAGUCACCAGGCACGACAGCGGGUGGGCAUCCGAUCGUCUGGUCAACUGGCAUGACCGCGGGCACUGGGUCAGACAUUGGAUCGCUUGACAGCGGGCUGGUCACCAGGCGGCAGCGGGCACUGGGCAUCGGGUCACCAGGCAUGACAGCUGGCGGGCACUGGGUCAUCAGGCAUUGGAUCGUCUGGCUCGACAGCGGGCAUCGGGGGUCACCAGGCAUACAGCGGGCACCGGGUCAUCAGGUACCGGAUCGUCUGGAUCGACAGCAGGCACCGGGUCAUCUGGCGUUGGAUCAUCUGGCUUGACAGCGGGCAUCGGGUCACCAGGCAUGACAGCGGGCACUGGGUCAUCAGGUACCGGAUCGUCUGGAUCGACAGCGGGCAUCGAGUCAGCUGGCCUAAUAGGAUCAUCAGGCUGGAUCAGUUCAUCAGGCUGGGCAUCAGGCUGGGAGGCAUCAGGCUGAAUUGUGGGCGCCGCAGGCACC